GUGCUCCUGUCCCAAUUCUGAGGACUUAACCCAGACUUCGUCCCCAACGUGGAAUGUAGAUGGGCGGCGGUGUCUGUUUUCAGAUUCUAUCAUUGUCGCCUGUGCCUUUUGCAUUUGUUCUACUCCCUGCUGCAUCUUCUGUUCGUAACGAUAAGCGAACUCUAAGGUACCCGGUGCAGCAGUUGGCUGGUUCUCAGGGUGUGUACGUUAGGAAGGAUGCAUGCUGCAUAAGUGUGGUCUGGUCUGAGCUUGCUCUGAUUAUCACAUGCUUGCUUACCCCAACAUGUGCCUAUUGUCUCCUUCGCCUGUUGUGCAGGUCUGACUUUACGAAGACAGCCAUGCCAAGAGGAGGGAAGGGGACACGGCCGCCUCAGAGGCCGUUGGGCGCAUCAGGAGGAUAUGAGCGGCAUGGGCCUCGCCAACGAGAGAGUACUCUAGUCUACAAUGAUGGGGACAUCGAGCUAUUCCUGGACAGUUUCUGGGAGCAUGCGAGGCGUAUGGGCUGGACCGUCRCUCAGGCGAUUGAGAGAUUGAGGGGAGCAGGUAGGUUCGAAGAGCCCAUUGCCAUGAUUCGUAGGGAGGCGACGACGAGGCAGGAGGUGGAGAUAAGGAUGGAGGAGUUGCGACCCUCGCCUGUGGGACCUGAUGGCAGGCCGAUCAGCUUGGAGAUUGGAAAUGCGUCGGACUUCAUCCCCGCGUUUGAGUGGUUCAUGCAAGAGCAGGGCAUACAGAGAGAUGAUUGGAUGCAGACACUACCACUCUGGACCAGGAAGGCAGAAAGGCCACUGGCUAUGCAGAUCAGGGACAUGGUACGAGAUUGGGAAAGUUGCAGGGCACAUUUGAGAGAGGCCUUUCGACGGUCAGAGCUCCUUCAGCCCAGAGUCGAGAGGCGGCAGAGGAGUCAGAGGCCGAGGAACCCUGAGCCCAGGGAGGCGAGACCAUCUCGAGGAGGACGGAAGACCCUAGCCAGGAGAGAGCAGGAGCAAGAGGAUGAGGAGCGAAGGGCAUACCCUGAGUGUGGGUUGGGGCCAGUGGAGUUCCAUCGUUUUACUGAGGGUGGAUUGAGGAGGUUGCCAGCACACACACAGGGGAAGCCACCAGCGUCAGAGGGGCCCUUGAGGGAAUUGGAGAUGCAUUUAGAUAUUUCUCGGUGGAGGGCGUUGCUUCAGGGAGAGGAGCAUGGAGAACAGGCAGAGGAGGUGUCACGAGGGGAGGUGCCACGAGAGGAGGUGCCACAAGGGGAGAUACCAGGAGAGGAGAUGCCGCGGGAGGAGGUACCACAGGAAGAGAUCUGGGGUACUCGGCAAGUGAGAGGGCUGGACGAUGAGGGGAGACGUGCAGGGAAGGAAGUGAUAGAGGUUGGAGAGAACACGCCCCCACAGACGCCAGCAGUGGCCAAGGCCCCGGAAAUUCCUGAAAUAUGGAGAGACUUCUGGGAGGAGAGAGGAGAGGAGCUUCCAUCGCCAAUCAGAGCCGGGUUUGGGGUGGCUAGGAAGGCGGAAGAAAGGUUAGAUCGUAAAAUCAAGUUCCUGGCCAAGACCACUUUUGACCGGCACUUGUUAUUGGAGGGCGAUCUGGCGGGGAAGAAAAUGAAGGAAGCCAGCCAUGGAGUACGUCUGGAGGCUAUGGAGGUGGAAAUUCAGGAACUUAGGGCUUUGGUGGUCAGCCAGGCAGCUAUCAUUGAGAGCCUGAGGCAGCAAACCCAGGGAAAGGUGGACAGACUAGAGAGUAGCCGACAGGGAGAGCAGAGGCAGCCAGGACAGCCAUCUACGAAAGAGCCUCACCAAGAACCGCCUAUAGGGAGAGUUAUCCUAGAGCCAGAGGAGGCGAGAGCCCAGAGACAGGCAGAGAGAGAGGCGUUCGAGUUUAGAGCCCCUACUGAGCUCGCGACGCUGCCGGUGGAGGCGGCAGGCCCAGUCGUACCUUUGGCAGUAGAGGAAGGGCUGCCACCAUCUAGCAGUGAGCCGGCUCAGGGCUCGGCAGAGGGAUCCAUGGGCGUGCUCCUUGAGGCGGGGCAUACUAUGCAGGAGGAGGUGAGUUUGUUUUCACCUGAGCAGAGGAUAGAGGAGCCUCUUGAGAGAGAGAUGGGGAUUGAGGAGGAGGGUGUCAUCGAAGGCAGACCGCUGAGAGGGAGGUCAUCCACGCGAUAGAGAUUAUCCCAGGGUCUAGCAUUCCAAAGGGUAAGAUCUAUCGGAUGUCUCCAGGCUAGCUUGAUGAGUUUCGCCGACAACUC